AUGGCGGCGCAGCUGACGCCCGGCGCGGUGGCGGCGAUCUCGGAGCACGCCGACGGCGGCAACGGGACGCUGCAGCCGGUGCUGCAGGUGGUGGACGUGCGGAUAGUCCCCAACGUCAAGGGCCCCACCAACCACGAGCGCUUCCGGAUGCUGCUCUCCGACGGCGUCCACACGAUGCAGUCCAUGCUCGCCACCGCCGAGAACGUGCUCAUCCACAACGGCUCCAUCAAGAAGGGCUCCAUCAUCCACCUCCACGAGUUCACCUGCAGCACCAUCCAGAACCGCAGGAUCAUUAUUAUUAUCAAACUUGAUGUUCUGCAAAGCGAGUGCGCCAUAAUUGGAGACCCCAAAGCCUAUGAUGUGAGAAUCCAACCUAAUGAGCAGGGCACCAACUUUGCGGCCAAUGCUGCUCAAGCUAAUACCGGAACAUAUUCCAGCGGCCCUGGUAUGCUGGGAUCUUCUGCUGCUCCAAGGCCAUUGCAAGAUGCUAAUAAUGUACCAUACGGAUCUUCUGCUGCUCCAAGGCCAGUGCAAGAUGCUAACAAUGUACCAUAUGGAUCUUCUGCUGCUCCAAGGCCAGUGCAAGAUGCUAAUAAUGUACCAUACGGUGGAUCCUAUGGUGGUUAUCAGGGUACGGUGGGCCCUCCAAUUGGUCGUGCAGUAGAAUCUGUUCCCAAUGUGGCAUCUGGUGUCUCUUAUGGUACAACUUCAGCACAUAAUAAUACAAUGAAUGUGGGCAUGGUGCAGUCAAACUUGCAGCAGCCUUCACUGAACUCUCACCAGAACCAAAGGUUUGCAGUUCCUUCCAUGGCUGGUGGCAGUGGUGCUCCUGGGAAUACAUACGGCCAACCUGCACAGUCCUUUUAUCAGCAACCGCCUCCAGGGCAUAUGAAUAGAACCCCUGUGUCUAAGAAUGAUGCAAGUCGUCUUGUCCCAGUGGCUCAUUUGAACCCCUACCAAUACACAUGGACAAUCAAGGCUAGGGUGACUGCAAAGACUGAUCUCAGGCACUACAACAACAACAAAGGUCCUGGAAAAGUCUUCUCCUUUGAUCUCCUUGAUGGACAGGGUGGAGAAAUCCGUGCAACAUGCUUCAAUGCGCAGGCUGAUCAGUUUUUUGACCUCAUUGGGGUUGAUAAGGUGUACCUGAUAUCGAAAGGGUCGGUGAAACCUGCAAGGAAGCAGUUUAACUCUUUGAACCACGAGUAUGAAAUAACUCUGGAUUUCAAAUCAUCUAUCGAAGUUUGUGUUGAUGAUGAUAGCAACAUCCCUAGGCAGCAGUAUAAUUUCCGGCAGAUAAGCGAAAUUGAGAACCUUGAGGCAGGUGCUAUUGUGGACUUGAUUGGAAUUCUUACAUCAGUUGGCCCUUCUGCCACAAUAAUCCGAAAGGUUGGUGGCUCGGAAGCCCAGAAAAGAACUCUUCAACUGAAAGACAUGUCUGGUCGAAGCGUAGAAAUUACCUUAUGGGGGAAGUUCUGUGAUGCUGAAGGCCAGCAGCUGCAGUUGCAGUGCGAUUCUGGUUUGAAUCCUGUUCUAGCUUUGAAAGGUGCCCGGGUUACUGAAUUCAGUGGUAGAUCUGUGAACACAAUCGGCUCAACUCAGUUAAAAAUAGACCCAGACUUUCCUGAGGCUGAGAGUCUGCGGCGAUGGUAUGCAACUGAAGGGAAGACAGCUGCUUGUGUUUCUUUGUCAGGGGUAAGUAUGGGCAGGACUGAUGUCAGGAAAGCAGUGGCUCAGAUCAAGGAUGAAGAUCUGGGGCGAUCAGAGAAGCCAGACUUUAUCACUGUUAAAGGUGCAAUUUCACAUCUGAUCACUGAUAAUUUUUGUUAUCCUGCUUGCACCAUGGAGGUGAAUGGUAGGGUGUGCAACAAAAAGGUAAUAAAUAAUGGUGAUGGGACAUGGCAAUGUGACAAAUGCGACCAGAGCUUACCAAAAUGCGAGUAUAGAUACUUGCUGCAGUGCCAGAUCCAGGACCACACUGGGGUCACCUAUGCUACUGCAUUCCAAGAGGCUGGUGUCGAGAUCGUUGGCCACAGCGCCUACGAGCUCUACAACAUAAGAGAAGAAGACCCAGAACGAUUUGCUGAGAUCUUACAGGGGGUUCGCUGGCAGCAGUUUCUAUUCAAGCUGAAAGUCAAGGAAGAGACCUUUAAUGAUGAGCAGCGUGUCAAGUGCAGCAUUAUGAGAGCGGAGAAGCUGGAUCCAGCAAAAGAGAGUUCUUACCUUCUGGGGGUAAUCAAUGGCCUAUUGCAGGAUGAUACUGGCUCACCUUCUGAGGCGCAAGGCGCCAUGGCCUAUAAUUCUGGUCUCAGCAACACUGGCGCUGGACGAAGCGUGCCAACCUCCAACAGUGCCUACACCACCAAUAUGAGUGGUCCAAUAUAUGGGGAGUCCGCGAACCAGUUCGCGCAGCAAGCAAACACGUAUAUCGGGGUGCCCACUCCAGUGUCGGUGACAGGGAAUGUGCAGACCUGCAUGUCUUGCGGGUCAAGUGGGCACAACGCGCAGAACUGCCCUGCAGGCAUGUACAGGCAGCAGCCUGCUGUGAGAACGGCAAGCUCCUACGGCUCUUCGCAGCCUCGUAACGCUGGCCCCAGACCGUGUUUCAAAUGCAAUCAGAUCGGGCACUUUGCUAGCUCUUGCCCACUGCUGGCCCCUGCCCCCCAGCAGCAGCAGCAGUAUCGGAGCGGCGGCGCUUCGUCAGGUGGUUAUGGUCAGCAGCAGCCCUAUCUUGGGGCUACCAACUACUGA